AAACGGCGGGGGCGUGUCUCCAGGCAGCUAGGCGUGCAGUUACCCAGAAACGCGGGAAGUCGGGCCCUGGCGCGGUUACAGACGGGAACCCUGUUGUUCUGUCCUUUUCCCGAGGGAUCCGCGAGCCUCUCUGAGGGCCCUGAAGGUGAAUCCGACUGGGUCUCCGGCGCGACGCCAUGGAAGUGGUGGAGGCCGCUGCCGCUCAGUUGGAAACUCUGAAAUUUAAUGGCACCAGUUUGGGAGAUAGCCAGGGUCAGGCGGUGCUGUCUCCGAGCUGUGUACCUGUCCCAGACCCUCGGCCGCCACCACAGUCGGGUGAGCCGUCCCCGGACACCGGGCAGGCCGCGGAGGCUCAGCCUGCAGAGGAACAGCCGCCUGAACUCGCGCCGCAAUCAAGGCCAGAACCUCCACAGGGAGGGAACUGCGUCACCGUCUCGGGCUCCGCAGAGCAGGCGCGGACCCCAGACUCUCUAGAGACCUCGGACUCGGAUUCAGACUCGGACAGUGACACAGAUUCAGAUAGUUCAAGCUCCUCCUCAUCCUCAUCAUCUUCCUCAUCAUCGUCCUCUCGUCUGUCACUUCCUCCACUGCUGUCAGAUGGAGAAGAUGAUUUACAAGUUGAGAAGGAAAAUAAGAAUUUCCCUCUUAAAACAAAAGAUGAGUUACUCCUUAACGAACUACCUUCUGUUGAAGAACUCACUAUUAUCCUGCCUGAAGAUAUUGAAUUAAAGCCUCUUGGGAUGGUUUCAAGUAUUAUUGAGCAAUUAGUAAUAAUUGAAUCCAUGACUAACCUACCUCCGGUUAAUGAAGAGACUGUAAUUUUUAAAAGUGAUCGACAAGCAGCAGGAAAGAUAUUUGAGAUAUUUGGACCUGUUGCACAUCCAUUUUAUGUGUUACGUUUUAAUUCUUCAGAGCACAUUGAGAGUAAAGGUAUUAAAAUAAAGGAUACUAUGUAUUUUGCUCCAUCAAUGAAAGACUUCACCCAAUACAUAUUCACAGAAAAACUUAAACAGGAUAGGGGAUCAGAUGCGUCAUGGAAGAAUGAUCAGGAACCACCACCAGAAGCCUUAGAUUUCAGUGAUGAUGAAAAGGAAAAAGAAGCCAAACAGAGGAAAAAAUCUCAGAUUCAAGGCCGGAAAAAAUUCAAGUCUGAGUCUAAUGAAUCAAGUGAAAACUUUUCAGAAGUACAUCAGAAUUGGAAUGCUCAUAGCUCUGCUUCAGAGCACUCAAAAGGAUAUCGCAACAGAGAAUUCACACGAGGAUUUUCCCGGGGUAGAUAUCCUCGACCUUGCCAUGGCAGGCCUCCAUCGCCACAGUUUUAUAACUCAGAACAGAUGGUGUUUCAGGAGACUUCAGGAUUUCCACCUCAGAGACCAGAUAAUACUGUCAUGCCACAGUAUCCUUUUCCUCCGCCGGUGUUUGACAUGCAUAAUUUUUCACUCCCUCCUCCUCUGCCACCACUGCCACCACCUCCACCGCCUGCAUCUGUAAACCUGGGUUGGGCUACACCAAACAUGGCACCUCAUCCCUUAAUUCCCUUACCAUACUCCAUCCCCCCACCCCCUCCCCCGCUGCCUCCACCUCCUUCUUCUGGAGAUAGUAAUUCUUCUCACUUUGGAUCCUACUACUAGGGGAAUGUAUACAUUUCUGGAGAAAUGUAGACUUUUUAUAUGGGAAGGAUUUUUUUUUUUUAAAGAAAGCAAUUAUGGAGCUAGAUUUUUAACACUGUAAAAUACUAAAUGAUUCCUUCAGUCGUGACUUGAUAUAUAUUUGUAACCUUUGUGAAAUUGUAUCAUUAUGAAAAUUUCACUUUUGUGGAGGGGGAUCUCCAAUUAUGUAAUAUUUAAUUAAAACUUUGAAUCCAUGCUUUCCCUAUUUCUGCUCAAUUAAAUAGUGUAUAUAGGUCUAAUAGAUCUGGAGCAACUUUCAUCAUGGGUUAAAGUAUAUUGAACACAUUGUCUUGAUAUAUCUGAAAAUAAGAUGCUGAAAUCCUAUUGAGAGUCUUUAAAAUAAACUAUUUUUACAAAUGUA